AUCUGAUAUGUUGAACUGAUUCUGUGGUGUUUCGUGUUUUCUGGUUUCUGGUUGCUGUAAUCAGUAAUAAUUAGUGGUAUUUCUUUUCAUUUAUAAUUCCACGAAUCAUAAUUAGUGCAGCGCCGUAAAUAACGGUAUUCUUUAACCAUAUCCUACAAUAACAACAUCAUGUUGGUACUAGUACUUGGUGAUCUGCACAUUCCUCAUCGCUGCAGCAGCUUGCCCCUGAAGUUCAAGAAGCUGCUGUUACCAGGCAGAAUACAACACAUCCUGUGUACCGGCAACCUUUGUACAAAGGAGUCCUAUGAUUAUUUGAAGACUUUAGCUAGUGAUGUCCAUGUUGUUAGAGGAGAUUUUGAUGAGAUCUCAACAUAUCCAGAACAGAAAGUGAUCACCGUAGGCCAGUUCCGUAUUGGUCUCAUUCAUGGUCACCAGAUAGUGCCGUGGGGUGACGAAGAGUCCCUCGCACUGGUGCAGAGGCAGCUGGACGUAGACAUCCUCAUAUCAGGCCACACACAUCGGUUCGAGGCGUACGAGCAUGAGAACAAGUUCUAUAUCAACCCUGGAUCUGCUACUGGAGCCUUCACACCUCUCUACCAAGAAACAAUCCCAUCAUUCGUGUUGAUGGACAUCCAAAGUUCGACAGUGGUGACAUAUGUAUACAAACUACUCGGCGAUGAAGUCAAAGUGGAAAGGAUUGAGUAUAAGAAAGCCUAACCAUUAAUUAGGUCAUUGUAAAAUAGCUGUAAUUAUAAUUAUUAAAGAUUCUAUUUUUAAUUGUCUAUAAUAUGUAUAGUGUCCAAACAACAAUGUAUUAACUAGUAUAUAUUUUGUUUUAUACCGAUUAAGUUGUGAGUGGUAAGUUGAUCUUGCCAUUUACGACUCGCACGCCAUCUAUAAUGUAAUGUACAAGAGAGUCACGUAUUAUUUGUCAAUUAGAUCUGUAACCUUAGUACCAGUUCACAUACAUAAGUCCUUUGUAUGGGGAUUUGGAAGAUGGGUCUUAAAUGUUUCAUUGUAUUUAUAUUUUAACAGGUAUAUGUAUGUAUAGGCGUAAUAUUUUUUGAGGGGGGAAAAUCAUCUAAAACUUUUUCCCGUCUUGGAUAAAGCGAGAGGGAGUGUCAGACAGACUCUACUGACUAAAAGACAUUUACUUCAAGCCGGAGUUUCGGUAACCCGCAAAGUUAUCCGUCGGAUUAGCCUUUACCUUUCGGAGAUUAAAAAAAAAAAAUGUAACUGUGACUACAUACAUUUAUUAUGCAUACCUAAGUGAUCGAAGUUAUAAAAUUUUAUAAUAUGGCCGCUGUUUUUAUUUAUAAAAAGCAUGUUAUACCACAAAGAUAAGCAAUUUAUCGGAAUUAUUUACUUGUGUAUGUAAAGUUACAUGUUGAAUAGUAAUAGCCACAUAUUAUAAAAUACUUUUUAAUAAAAUAUUUUUAUGUUUAA